GGGGAACUUAGAACGACCCAAGUCACAAAUUGAUCUCAAGCGACCCAAUUUCUGGGUUUAAGUCUAGUUCUAAUUUCACCGAAGCAGAUUUGAAGGGCAUGGCAAGGCAGAGGCCGAAUAUAUUGGUAACCGGCACACCAGGCACAGGGAAGACAACAAUGUCGUCAGUCUUAGCAGAAGAGACACAGCUUCGGCACAUCAACAUAGGGGACUUGGUCAAGGAAAAGAGCCUCCAUGAUGGCUGGGACGACGAGCUUGACUGUUACGUCAUCAAUGAAGACCUGGUGUGUGAUGAGCUUGAAGAUAUGAUGGAACAAGGAGGGAACAUAGUGGACUACCACGGCUGCGAUUUCUUCCCGGAGAGAUGGUUUGAUCUCGUAGUUGUGCUUCAGACUGACAACACUGUCUUGUAUGACCGUUUGGCUCAGAGAGGGUACUCUGGCUCGAAGCUUUCGAACAAUGUUGAAUGUGAAAUAUUUCAAACUCUGCUGGAGGAGGCGAAAGAGAGCUACCCGGAAGAUAUCGUACGACCUCUGAAGAGUGAUAGCAUUGAAGACAUUUCUGCAAAUCUCACUUCUUUGACUGAUUGGGUGAGGAGGUGGCAACCAUCGACUGAGUCUGCACGGUGUAGUUCUGCUUGAAGCAGGUUUUUGGUUGCUAGUUUCAUUUUGUUAAACAUUUAAGAGGUUUCUUGUACUAAUAUUAUAAACAUGUAUAUGAUGUGAGUAUUUUGUGAAAUCGAAUUUCUAAUGAAGGUUAUUCGCAUAAGACU